ACCGACUUACGUGCUUCUAUGGUUAAAGGAAUGAUUUUCUCAGGUGAAAUCCUAUUAGUGUGGCUUGCAUUCCGAGCACAUAUUAAUGAUGUUUUUAUUUUUAAUCUUUUAAAUUACAUAAUAAAAAAUAACAUUUUUAUAUCCUUUUAAUCACUUAACCCUCAAAAUUAUGGGAUUUGAAUUUAAAACUUUUAAUUUCACUAAAAGAAAAUUACCAUUUGGGAUGAUUUGUCUAACACAAAUUGUGUUUUUUGCGGUGCCCAAAUGGAGGAUGUCAACCAUCUCUUUUGCUAAAUGCAGGAAGGUCCAGCUACUAUGGAGCAAAAUCUGUCUUUGGUGGGGGUUCUCAUUCGUCCCUCCUGAUAAUGCCUCCUUGCUUGUUCUUCAACUCUGUUCACAUCCUUACUCAAAAAAGGCACGAAAUUGUUGGAUCCCUAUUGUGUUAGCAACUGCAUGCCUCAUCUGGUACUCUAGGAAUGGCGUGAUUUUCAAAUCCAUGACAUGGGAUGAAAACAACGUUGAUGACCUUGUUCAAUCAAAAACUUUUGAAUGGAUUAAAGGGAUCUCCACCUCUGCUACAUUUUCCUUUGGGGAUUGGUGUCAAUUUUCAAUGCUGUGCUCUAAGGAGACUUAGCCUUUUCUCUUUUUUCUUCUUUUCUAAUCAUGUCUAUGGGAGAGUACCCUUGUACUCAAUUUUAUAAUAAAAUUUUAAUUCAUCU